CCGCCCCUGCACGGUCGGCCCCGCUACCUCGGGGCAGACGGACUUACGGCCCGCACCGCCGGCUCCGGGAUGGGCGCACGUAAGGUAUUCUGAAGUCCUGGGAAGCUGGUCUGUUUAAAUGUUCAUGACCCAUGAGAAGGGCAUAUAAGAAACCAUGGCACUCCCUUUUCAAAAAGAGCUGGAGAAAUACAAGAACAUCGAUGAAGAUGAGCUUCUUGGCAAACUCUCAGAAGAGGAACUGAAACAGUUGGAAAAUGUUCUUGAUGACCUAGAUCCCAAGAGCGCCCUGCUACCGGCUGGAUUGCGACAGAAAGACCAGACACAGAAAGCAGCCACUGGCCCAUUUGAUCGUGAGCACCUCCUUAUGUACCUGGAGAAGGAGGCUUUGGAACAGAAAGACAGGGAAGACUUUGUGCCCUUUACUGGAGAAAAGAAAGGGAGAGUCUUCAUCCCCAAAGAAAAGCCAGUAGAAACUCGUAAAGAAGAAAAAGUGACCCUUGACCCAGAACUAGAAGAAGCUUUGGCCAGCGCCUCUGACACCGAACUCUAUGAUCUUGCAGCUGUUCUUGGAGUACACAAUUUACUCAACAAUCCAAAGUUUGAUGAAGAAACGGCCAGCACUAAAGGUGGCAAAGUGCCCGUGAGAAAUGUGGUCAAAGGUGAGAAGGUCAAGCCAGUAUUUGAGGAACCACCCAAUCCCACCAAUGUGGAACUGAGUCUGCAGCAGAUGAAAGCCAAUGACCCCGGCCUGCAAGAUGUCAACCUCAACAACAUUAAGAACAUUCCAAUUCCAACCCUGAAGGAAUUUGCAAAGGCUCUGGAAACCAACACUCACGUAAAGAAGUUCAGCCUGGCUGCAACCCGCAGCAAUGACCCUGUGGCAAUUGCUUUUGCAGAUAUGCUGAAAGUAAACAAGACCUUGAAAAGCCUAAACAUCGAAUCCAAUUUUAUCACUGGGACUGGAAUCCUGGCCCUGGUAGAAGCACUGAGAGAAAAUGACACCUUGACAGAGAUCAAGAUCGACAACCAGAGGCAGCAGUUGGGAACAGCUGUGGAGAUGGAAAUUGCCCAGAUGCUCGAGGAGAAUUCAAGGAUCCUCAAGUUUGGAUAUCAGUUUACCAAGCAAGGGCCUCGAACAAGGGUGGCAGCCGCAAUCACCAAGAAUAAUGACCUGGUUCGUAAAAAGCGAGUUGAAGGAGACCGAAGGUAAACUUCCACGAGAGGAGGCAAAGGUUCAUCAUGGCUGCCAAUUAAAAAUAAGCAAGCAAAAACUAUUCUCCUUCCCCAUCAGGACCAUUUUAUCAAAGGUUGUUCAUUUCCGUUAACCACACAGCUCAUAGUCUGUUGUUCUUUUUUAGCACUACUUAUUUAUCUUGGAUUUUUUAAUGUAUACAAUUGUGUCAUGUGCUCAUGGGCCCCUCUGGCGACUUGCACCAGUGGACUUAAGCAGAUCUUAGUGCAUAACAGCAAUGGAAAAUGAUUUAACCACUUUCAUAUUGGGUUGUCUGGCUUUCUUACAUGAACUUUUUUUUUUUUAAUCACUGAAAGGAAUUUAGUAUAUAAGUGUAUUUGUAACUGUGAUUACGAUAGAGGCCUAUCUCUGUUUACAUGCAUAGCUUUGAGUUAGGCUAAAUACAACAGAAGUGUUCUUCUGACCACAUAAGAAGUUAGUAUUGCCAAUCUUUCACUGGGUGAGAACAUGUGACUGACUGAGCACAAAUUCUCCCCUACCUCCAGAAAAAAUCACCAAACUCACAUGCCCCACUGUUUGAAGAAGUGCACUAAACGCACGUGUCCUACUGUUUGAAGAUCAGUGGUGUCAUCUUCAUAAAAGCAAGGCAGCAUUGUGAUACUUUAACACAGCAUUAGCAAAUAAGUGUGAAAUAUUAACCCAUGAAUAGUCUUCAAAGCAGACUUACAGGCAGCAAAGUUAAUUAGCACACCUACCUUUAUUGAUGAUUCAACAUAAAUUCGAUCUUUAACAUGACUCUACUAGAUAACUUUUUACAAAGCUGUUUUAAACUUUUCCAGACAUGGUGGGAAAUUUUUAAAUUUUAGUAAGAGGGCGGCUUUUAACACAGUACAUUCCAAAAUAAAACAAUAAUAAUUGCACCUUAGAGUUGUCUGAUACAGAUGAUUGCAUCAUUUUGGCAAAUUUUAGAAGCAUUUAUUGCUUUAUCUUUAGUAUAGCAAUAUCACAGAAUGACCUGUGAACGUUCAAGUUAAUUUUACAGACAUUUGUCCAUAUGGCAUGAUCCUUCCAGACAUUUGCAAACAUCAGGAAAAAAUGUGAAUUGUCACUUUUCCAGAUGUUUGUCAUCUCAAGGACAAAGCCUGUGAAAGUACAGCUGGGAUGAUUGCGUGGUUGUGUGCAUUAACUUUUCAUCUAGCAGUGCAACAGUGUGAUCCCAAGUGAAGGAAAUGUGUGUCUAUAGCCUUUGGCUCAAGUUCACGUGCCUUUGAUGACACUCAGUGCCUGAGGCUGUACCUGGUGGCAUUCUGACCCUGCCUUGGGCACUUCACCCUCUCUUCUCUCCUCCUUUCCUUCCAACUCUUUCUCUUUUUUUCUUCUUUUCUCUGAAAUUCUGAGCCAUGUAAAGGUGACAUCCCUUGGUUGGUGACACCUGGAGCUGAGGACAUUGGUGACUCAGGCAGAAGAUGGACCCAAGUCAGAAUUUGUUUAGUAAUUGAGUGUUCCUGAGUUGCUUGAUAGUAGUAAAACAAGUUAAUGGGAAAACAAUGUGUGUAUUAUCCUAGUUAGCUUGUAAAACACAUGGAAUCUAGUCAGGAGAGCUAACCUUCAUAAAAUUGGACAUUUACCUGUCUUAGAAGUAUCUGCAUCCGUAUCUCUAAAAUCCUUUGAAACAUUUCACUUUCUUGACAAUAUUUUACAUUUUUUGAGGAAACAAUGAGCAGAACAUGUUGACGCAUUUGGAAUCCUAAAAAUCCUUUAAUUAAUAGCUUUUGACUAUCUCUCCAUAGUAAAUACCAUUUGAUGGUUUUCAGUUUUAUUUUUACUUCCCUCUUACUCACUUAGGUGUGGUAUGUUGGAGCCAACUCAUACAGGCUUACCAAUUAUUAAAUUUUCAAGAAUUUUGCACACUUGUUAAAUAUAGCCAUUAUUAAAAAUUAAAUGGCAUGCACCUACAAUUAGUUAAAUUAUUUUAAAAACCAAAGUAAUACUCAAAAAUACCUUUUACUGUUUUCUCUGCUCUCAAGAUUAUUCAUAUCUACUGUGUCUGUGUGGCAGAAAUACUGUAUAAUGAUGUGCUUUUGCGCGUCUUUUCCCAUCUCAGAAGUUCACAACUUCUUGUUGACAGUUUGAAAUUGUCCGUGGUGGGAGUACUUAUACUAUGGAAAUGAGCAAAUGUUACAGAUCAGAUGUUUCCCACCCCUUGGUUGCUGGUUGGCAAACAUUCAUCAGUAUGCCCAGAGUUCUUUUUCUGUAUAUAUAUGUUUCGGUUACCAUGUUGCCACAGGGAAGAAUCUUUCUCUUAAGCGUCUUUAUCCUAUCUGUUUAGAUUUGUUGCAGAUAUAAGUGCUGAAUCCCUGACAUGCCCUUCAAGUAAGACUUUUUCCUUUUCUCAUUCACUCUCUUUCUUGCCUUCACUGCUAAGAAAUCUUGUAUUCUACAGUGUUCACUAAAGCUCCAAAGUGCUGUGGAUCGGGGGCUAAAGCAGUUCCUGACAAGCCUUGGCAGAAAGCAAUGAAAAAAAAGUCAGAAUUUGAUGCUGUGGCUGUUGAGAGUAUUAAAGCAAGAUAGUGGAAUAUUACCAAAAUUUAGCCCUGUUUUUAGCUUGUGAAAUAGUUGGGUCACAUGUAAUAGAGUUUAUAAAAUCAAAUAUUUAUGAUAAACAGUUUAUCUUAUCAUUACCUGUGUUUUUAAAAUAACUUGAAAGGUGACAUUUCCAUGAGUAUUCACAUAUUAAAGAUAACUAUUAGAAGAUAAACUUACACUUUUGGGAGCCUGUGAAUCAUUUCAUUAGCCCAGGACUUCAUUUCUCCAUUUGCCCAAAAUGUGUAAGUAGAAGCUUUUUCAUAAUCCUGAGCAUGACUAAUCCCUUACCAUCCAUCGUGGUGGGGCAUAAUGUAUAUAAAAUAUUUUUAUAUGUGUGCAUUUUGCCAAAUACUAUGUUGAGAUAUUUGGCAACAUCUGGACAACUGAUUGAAGAGAGAUAAUUCUCUCCGCACACCACCCCCUUUCCCUUUUUAGACUUGUACAGGCCCAUGCUAGUGUCAAAUCACUCAUCAGGACUUGCAGGCCCCUAUCACCAACACCCAUCACAGCGUAUGUGGAAGAUAACUUUUAGGAGAGAAUUUUGGAAGUCUAGAGACCAUAUGAUUAGUCCAGCACUACAUCUCCCCAUGUGCCCAAAGCAUGUAACGGAAGCUAUUUUAUCCUCAUUAGCAUGAUUAAAUCCCUUUCAUCUUGGUAGGGCAUAAUGUAAAUAAAUGUGUGCAUGUGUGUGUGAGUGUGUGUGGCCACCUAUCUAAAUAUGUAACGAGGUAUGUGGCUACAUCUGGACCACUGAUUGAAGGGAGAUUCUCUCUCCCCAGCUCCAUUUCCCUUGUCCGUUUUAGCAUUGCUGCAGGCCCAGAGUCAAUGCAAAUCACUCCCUGGAGUUUGCAGCUUGGGUCACCAAACACUAAAUCUCACAGCACGUAUGAAAGAUCACUCUUAGGAAAUAAAUAUUAGAAGCCGGGAAAUCAUUUUAUUGUUCCGGCACCAAAACCCGUUAUAUGCCUGAAGUGUGUAAGUGGAAGCACUUUUCGUCUUCAUCAACAUGAUUAAGCCCCUUCCUUCCAUCUGGGUAGAGUAAGCUGUAUAUAAAUAUUUUGUACAUAAAAAUCGCCAAAUACUGUAAGUGGUAUUUGGCUGAAGCUGGACGCCUGAUUGAAGGGAGAUGCUGUCUCCCAGUCCCUCUUCCCUUACCCCUCUUGGAGCUGCCGUGGGCCUAGGUUACAUAAUCACUAUCCUGGGGGGGGGGGGCACGUGUGGCUCACCCAUCUUAGAGCACGCAGCCCAUCUCCAUUAAAAACUCCAAAAUCAUCCCAAUGCCUAUACUCCUCAAAACAAUUUCCCUAAGGGAAGCCUGGUACACCAAACCAAAAGAAUAGCUGCUUCUCUUCCAGACAGAAGCGUGGCCCCUGGCAGGGCACCAGCAUUAGGGAAACCAGUGUGCUCUGAAGAACUACCAUGAGAACAUAUCAGACACUCGAACUUGAAACCAGCGUGCUUUAAACAUAAAAUAGCCCUUUAAAUUUACAAGAGUUUGCAGAUGUUUGCUUUUUUGAGGGAUAUGAGGUACUUGGCCCUCUCCCAGGCCCUGUAAAGGAGACAGAGGAAGUAUAAGAAUUCUGGGUUAAUAUAAUUUGCUAGGUGUUUCUGGGUUUGGGGGGUAGAGUGCCUUUUUGCAAAGUGGAUACCAUCUUUAGUUCAAGUAUUGAUAGUAUCAACAGAAAUGGGCAGGGGGCAGUAAGUUGGGAAUACUGGGUUCUGUGGUAUGUCGUUACCUCUGCUGAGUUGGAUAUAUUUCUGGCGUCAGCUUUUAAGUCAUGAUCCUAAACUCCCUUCUGCUCUUCCACUGAUGAUGCAAUAAUUGCCAUUUUCAUGUUAAUGAGCAGAGAAGGAAAAAGAAAUGUCUUAGCUCCACCUUCCAGUAGCAGGUUCCCUUCAUUGCUCCUCAUUUCAAAUAUCCAUGCCACGUACCAGGCCAUCUCCAAAACUAAAGGCUUGGGACACAUACAAAGGAAAGGUGUGAGAGUGCUUGGCAGCAUCAGGCUGCACCCAAUGGAUAGAAAUCAUGUGAUCAGGCCUCCUGGUAACAAGCUUGAGAGAGAAAAGUACCCUAAACCUCAGGACGUGUUUAUUGUUUUCUUGCUCCCAACUCUAGAUUAGAUUGAAUUUUGUUUUGUGGUUCAGAGGUUAUUAAGUGGAGGGACUAAGUGAGGUGGGGAAGGAAGGUGGUAAUUAAAGGUCCUAAUUUGCUUAAGGGGAGAAGCAAGUUCUGCUCAACUUAUCUCCUUCCCGUCUGCCCAUAGCAGCAAUGACGAAAUACCCAGUAGAUGGAUGGAGGGAGUGUUUCAAAGUUUAAACUUGUAACCUGGCUCUGGGUACUGUUCUAGGAAGGCCAUCCACUUACCAGAAGUUAUCCCAGUUUUGUGAUGCAUCAUUGAUUUGGGAGAGGGUGAAGGGGGCCUGGACUUUUCUCUGACAUCUUCCAUGGCUGUCAUUUUGAGCACACUGGCUCUGCUUGUUGGUAUGGUGGCAGGGCACCGUACUAACAGACUUGGAGACUGACUCCUAAUCCCAUCACCAACACUUAGCAGGUAUAUGAUCAUGGGCAAUUCAUUCAAUUGCCCGACAAUUAUAGAUUAUAUAGGGGGAAGAGCACUGGAUUUGGAGUCAAGGAACCUGGACACUUGGCUCCACACUUUCUUAGCUGGGUGACUUUGGGGCAAGCCACUUAGUCUCUCAAGCCUAAGAUUCUUCAGCUAUAUUAUAGUGGGAAUAAUAUCUUCACUAACUACCUCACAGAGUUGUGGUGAGAAUAUAAUCAGAUAAUGGGAUGAAAACACUAUCCUGGAAAGGGCGAUACAAAAGCGGGAGAUCAUUUUCAUCAUCUAUUCACUAAUGGUUUCCACUGCCUCUUAAAUCUGUUUUAUUUUCUUCUGACCAUUGAGUGUGAGGAAUCACAGCAUGGGUAUGACGUAGGGGAUUGGAAUUAUUUUAUUUCUAACACAGAGGUGGGAGAGUUAGUUGAUGGGUGGGUGGGUGUUACAUACCAGUGAUGUGUGUGAUAGAGCAUUUUCUUGGGUCAUUUUGACAGUACCCUAGGACAUGGUCAGGACCCUUGCAGUGAGUCUAAGGCUGGACACAAGUAGGGGAGCAAACAGUGAUUAAGAAUUGAGGGGAAGGUUUGGGGCACUGCUGCCCUCCGGCCAGGCUGUCACCACAGGGGAGGCUAUGACUUGAGGUGUGACAGGGGACCUAGGAAGAAAAGAUUGUCUGUAAGGUUCCAGCAGCUGCGUGACAGGCUUAAGCCCUGAUAGUGAAGGGGAGAAAGUGUCACCUGUGAGAUCAGCUCUCCCUGGCAGCAACUGCCUUGUUAUCACCAGCAACCUUAGCUCUAGUCAGUAUUCUUGUGCUGAGAUACUGAAACAUGGCCGCACAGGACUUUCAUAAGCACGUGGAAGCAUGGACUCUCUCAUCAACCUUUGUGUCUUCAGUAGCAUCUAGUGAGGUGCUUUGUAUAUAACAGGUGCUUUAUAAAUGUUGCUUGAAUUGAAUUGUCCUCCGCCCCACAAGAAUUAUGCUCCAUUCGCCAUCAUGUGAUGUUUCGAAAACAGUACUGAUUCAGAUAUCAGCUGUGUGUCACUUUGGGCAAGACUUUCCAUCUUUCUUCUAUCUUGUCUUCACUUCAUCUGUAAAAUGAAGUGGGUGGAUUAGAUGCUCUCUAAGAUCCCUUCCAGCUCCCAAAGGUUACAAGAAUCCUGUGAUUCUGAAGUUCCCAUUGCCUCUGAACGUGUGUGAAUAAUGCCUCCAUUGCAACUCCAUCUGUCUUCAAAAGGCUUUGUCCAGAACAUUCCACAGACAGUUACCUGUCCCUCUUCAGCGGUUUUUACUGUUUUCAGAAUAGUUCUGGAGGAGCAGCCUUUUCUGAAAGGAGAUUUUUAAAUGUAUAGUAUUUUCUCCUCAAAAUUGGUGAAGAGGAGAAGGAAAUGCAAAGAAGGAAACUGAGCACAGUAAACACAGCAUGUCUUUCAUAGGCUUUUAUUUAAAGUGUAAGUGUGUGUGUGUGUGUGUGUGUGUGUGUGUGUGUGUGUGUGUGUGUGUGUUUCUGAGCACAUAUUGACUGGAUAACAAAGAGAAGCCAAUCAGAAAUACACUGUGCAAUUGAGAGAAGCUGGCCCAGGAUUUAAAAUUUCCCAUGGUUGAUCUAAAUGCAAAUAGAUAGGACUUGGCCAUGUGGUGAAAUGAGAUGAAUAGAAAAUGUGCUUCUUAUGGAAAUUUUAUUUUAGUACCAAACAUUGCCAGUGACAAUCUUUAGUUAAGAAAGAAAUUAUUCUGACCUAAAAUUCUUAUCUCUGCCAUUUUGGUUUUUAAAAAACCCACUAAAUUCGUGGAAUAAUAUUUAUAUUUCAGUUAAACCUUUAUCUUAAUUUUGUUUCAUCUAUUCCAGGAAAACAAGCAGCAUUUUUCAUUGCAUUUAAAAAUGUAAAAUAGUUGCAUGCCACCAGUCUGUAAUAUCUUACCAGUUUGGAUGCCUGUAAUGUGUGACUUUAUGUGUAUCUGUAUUAUUUUAAAGAGAACAAAGGAAAUAAUGCUUUAUAAACUAUUUAGACUUAUAUUGGCAACAUUUAUUUGGCUAAGCAGUUAUUGAAAAAUUCAUAUAGUUUCACUUUUCAUUUUGAAACUUUUCAAUCAAAGGUAGAUAUUCUAUUCAUUAAGGAAUUAAAGACUAAUUUGCCUUUUAAAUGUGAAACUGAACAUUGUGGGACAUAAGCGUGUGAUAAAGCAAAAUGUAUGAAGUGUGAAAUCCUUUCACCCUGAUAAUUAGUAAGAAUCCAGGUUAACACAAAUAGGUUGCAGCGUUUGACCCUUUGGGAUUAGCCAGCCAGACCUAAUGCUAAGGUAAACAUAUACUGUUUUAACUCAUCAAGAUCUUUCUGCUUUCAAAGAUAUAAUGUAUUCAUUUAUGUCCAGAAUGAAGCUUCCAAGUGAAAAUGUACAGAACAUUAGGAAUUAAUAAACUUUCCUUUUAAAAUGAAA